CCCGCCAACCUUCUAGUACCAUCUUUGACGAUGUUCGGUAUAGUGAACGCGAGGAUGAAAAAUCCAAAGAACUUGUCGUGGUGCCUAUUGUUUUUGUGCACGCUUUUUGAAUGUUCUCUAGCGCAGAUAGUCGGAACACACACGCAGUUCGCACCCAAUGCUGACCGAACGAGUCGACUUUCACCUCAACAACAAGGGCAGAUACUUAGUGAUAUUCAACAACACCAACAUAGAUUUGAUUUAUCACAGAACAGACAAAACUUUCAACCACAACACUUUCAAAGCAGCCAAAAUCUUCAAGCAGCACAAAGGUUCCAAGGUUCCUUUGUAAAUCAGCAACAACUCGUGUCACAAAGCCCACUAUCUCAGAAUACUCAAGAGAAUUUUGCUCGAAAUGAGUUUUUAAACACUUUACCCCUUCUAAAGUCGAUACCUUCUAAUGUAGUCCCAACACCACAACAAACCUUCCAACAAAUAUCACCACCAACCGCUCAAACAGCGUCUAGUCAAGUUGUUUUUCCAAGUCAGCAACCAACAGAUACCUCUAAAAUUAUCCAGCAUCACACGCAAACAAAUUUUCUACCAGCUCGGCAGGUACUUUCAUUUGGACCGCAAUUUGUUCAACCAAGACCAACACCGGAUCCAUUGGAAGUUAUUGAUCAGCAAAUUAAACAACUUGAUCCAGAAAAAAACAAACAGCGAAUUAAAGAAUUAAAGGAGAAACAAAUAAUAAUAGAAAAACAUAACCAAUUCGUUGAAAGGCAGUAUGAAAAAGCACUUAAAAAAGCACAGGAAGAACAUCAAGACUUUAUUGAUAAACAAAGAAAUCAAAAGAAACAAUUGUAUCAACGACUAUAUAAAACAUCUCCAUCAGAACCACGUUCAUCUCUGACAGCACCAAGAUUGGUUUAUCCAGAAGAAGUUAACUUAUUUGAACAGGCAGUUAAACAAUAUUACAUUCAAUAUCCCACUACAACUACUACCACAACUACUACUCCUAAACCAACUACCACGAAGAAAAUAGAAAAACCAUCCCUAGGAUUAAGUUUUCUUCCAACUGCUUUACCUCAAUCUAAAGUAAAAACUAUUCAAUCUUUGGAUGAUUUAGAUCAACUCCAAAAGGAAUAUAAAUCCCAGAGGAUACGUAAAGAUGAUCUACUAGAGCAACUUAGGUUAGCUAUAGGUAGAAAUUCUGAGGACGAAAAUGGAAAAGUUUUAUCUUCCAGAGAGAUAUCCUUAGCUAAUGGUAAAAAAAUCCAACUAAUAGCUGCCGAUGAUCAAACCAACGUCCCAAGAGGAAAAGAAGAAGAAAUAACUUUACCAGACGGUAAAAAAGUUACAGUCAUUAGACCUGAUGAUCUUGUUAAUAAAAGUGAUGAAGAAGUAACUUUGCCCAGUGGCCAUCAAGUUAAAAUUAUUAGGACCACUGAUCCAAAUGCUAUACCAAAUCUAUCAAAAGGCUUUGGCGAUAUUUCUCAAGAGAUUACAUUACCAGAUGGACAAAAAGCACAACUAAUAAAAGCUAGAAAUCCUUCAGGUUCCCCUACACCAAUAGAAGAAAUAGUGCUUCCUAACGGUCAAAAGGUUGAGCUGAUUAAGACAUCAGAUCCUAGUUUAGUACCAGAUGGUGUAAAGGUAGAACCUGGGAGUGAUUUAGAGAAAUUAGUUUUUUCGAGAACAACUACCUCAACCGAAAGACCUCCAAAAGAAAUAUUAGAUGAACUUACUAAAAGCGUACCUUCUUCAAAUUUUGAAUUAUUAAAAACAGGUGCUAGUGGAGGUUUAGAAAGUAUAGGUAAAAAUUUACCCAACCAAAAAAAGGUAACAUUUGUUCUUUUAGAAGAACAAAGUGACGGAACUUUAAAAGUUCAAGGAGUUAAAGGUAAUGAUAAGGACAAAACAGUUGACGUAGAUGCUAUUUUAAGCAAGAUAAAAAGGGGUGAGAUAAAAUUACCAGAUAAUCUAAAACAACCAACAAAAACAACAACUAAAAAACCUGAAGUUAUUUCAACCACUUUAAAAACAAAUUAUUCUCCCACAUUAAAACCAGUUUUUGCUACCAUUACACCAAAUUCUUUUGCCACUGAAGAACCAAAUAUUUUCCAACAUACUCAAAAUUACGAAAACGAGGAAGGUGAUGUGCCCGCUUUACAAACUAACAUAGGAACCAAAAUAAUAGCUUCUUCUACUCCAGCCACAUAUUUCCCUUCUGGCACAACUAGUGAACAAAAAAAGUCUACUCGAACUCCACAUAUUUUGAACAGUGCAAACGACUUACUUAAUCAAGCUUCCACUGUUCAAUCAGCUCCCAACAAGAAUUUAUUAGCACCUAUUCCUACAGAAAUCACAUUUCAACAAAGUGUCUCUCCAGUAAAUCUAUUUCCCAUUCAAGAAACCUUUAGCUCUCCGGAAAAUCAAAAACAUUUGUUGGAACUACCAGAAAUUUUAAAGAAGAAUAAUUUGUUUGCUAUGUCGAAAUUUUUAAGACAGUCAGGUUUGGAUACCAUUUUAAAUGAAACAGGCCCAUAUACAGUGUUCGUACCCACAGACAAAGCAUUCAGGACUUUAUUAAUUCAGCUUGGUGGACCUGAAAAAGCCGAAGAAAAGUUUAAGGAGAAUCCAAGACUACUGAGUGGGCUCUUGUUACAUCAUGUUAUACCAGGGGCGUUUAAAAUCAGCUCGCUGCAAGACGAAAUGACCGGAGUAUCAUUAGCAGGUACACAAUUACGUGUAAAUCAGUACAGUAUGCACGAUAAAGAAUGGAACGAUAUAAAGAUAACAACCAUAAAUGGAGCCAAAAUUCAAGAAGAAAGUCAGGACAUUGAUAUUCCACAAGGAGUUGCACAUGCAAUAGAUAGAGUAAUGUUCCCACUGCCAGUAGGAGAUAUAGUUCAGACACUUCAAUCAGACAGGGAACGAAGGUUCACUAGUUUCUUGAGAGCUAUUUUUGCAUCAGGAUUAGACGAAAUGUUACAAGGAUCAAAAAUAUUUACACUCUUAGCACCCACAGAGAAAGCAUUUGCUGGAUUAUCCGUUGAAGAUCUCAGCAAAUUGGUAACGGAUAAAGUUCUAGCAAGGGAACUAGUACUAAGGCAUCUCAUAGCAGGUACACUGUACACAAACGGUAUGAGGUACUACCAGAUUAAAGAUAGCCUUUUGCAAGACAAACAAAUUACGUUCAGUAAACAAUCAGGUAAAGUGAAAGUGAACAACAACCUUCUAACGACACAAAAUAUACCAGCAACCAAUGGUGUCAUACAUGCGAUAGAUACUCUUCUUUAGACGUCUUUUUUCGUUAUUUAUUUGGUAUUUUCUGUCAGCAAAAAACGAAAAAUCAACCAGUUCGGAAUAGUCGUUCCAUAAUCAAAACACGAAUGAAGAUAUAAAUAAUCAAUAUUAUCAAGACUUUAGUAUUCAAAAAAAUAAACCAACAGCUUUAUGUGAUUACUAUUAUUAACUAGUAGAUACUAAUUGGUUUUUAAACGAUACUCAGUUUUAAAUACACUGCGCGUCAUAGAAAACGGGCACCCUAAAAAAUGGGUCCUUUUUGAUGUCUCGUAUCUCCUAAACACGUUGUCCGAUUUAAGUAGUUUUUUUAAUAUGUUAUAGCCUUAUUCUUUAACAAUAUCGCUACAAUAAUAUUGUUUCUAAACAGGUAAAUUUUCAUUGUAUACCGGGUGUACGAAUCAAACUGUGUUUUUUCUCAAAGUUCGCAACACCCUGUGUUCUAUCAUUUAUAAAAUAUUGAAAUUAAAACCCAACUAUAGCUUCAGGUUUUCUUAACAUUCUAUUUUUUUUUAUUCAUUCUCUUAUGUUGGAUAAUACAAAAAUUAGGUACUUUAACAACUAGCCAUGCAUGUUCUUCAUCAGUACAGGGUGAUUCUAAAUAAAUGCGACAAACUUUAACGGGUUGCUACCAAAUUUCAUUUUCAUAUCUCAACCGGUUUUAGAGCAAUAAAUAAAUCGUCAGUUUGUAAGAAAAUAAUUCAACAUCCAGUAUCUCGGAAACGAAGCAUUUUCCGACAUGUGUUUAUAAAGCAAACGGCCAUUAUUUUUUUUAUGCAGAUUUGCCCCUUAAAGUUUGUCGCACUUAUUUAGAAACACCCUGUACUGAUGAAGAACAUGGCUAGUUGGUAAUACCACAGUAUAAAGAGGGACAGUAGAACCACUACUCUCCGAAAAAUUGGAAGUAAAAUCUUUAGUCGCGCAUGGCGACCGCGCAAUGUUCCCAGUCGCUUUUGCCCCACUCUCGCAUUGUUAGUCGCACAGAAACGUGUACGGGUUUUAACAGGGAAAACCCACAUCCACCACUACGAUACAAACAUAACCUAUGCUAUAACCUUUGUUUUGCAAUUUUUAAGCUUCUCCCAAUUUCGUGACGUCAGCCGUCAGACUUCGGCUGUCUGAAAUGAAAACGUCUUUUAACGUCAUUAAUUUUACGUAUUUAAAAUCACCUACAAAAGACGUCGGUAUGACGUAAUGUUCAACCACGUGUAUAUGGUCAGUUCAACAAAAACUAACGUUUCGUCGACGUUAUUGACGUCUCUUGGUUGCUGGGACUCUCCGAAAAAUUGGAAGUAAAAUCUUUAGUCGCGCAUGGCGACCGCGCAAUGUUCCCAGUCGCUUUUGCCCCACUCUCGCAUUGUUAGUCGCACAGAAACGUGUACAGGUUUUAACAGGGAAAACCCACAUCCACCACUGGUGAAUUACCAAUUGCGUACUGCCGGUAUUACUUCUUGAGAUUAAAUGCCGACAUGGAAGAGGUUUUACUGUCCCUCUUUAUACUGUAUGGUAGUACCUAACUUUUGUAUUAUCCAACAUAAGCGAAUGAAUAAAAAACAGACUGUUAAGAAAACCUGAGACUAUAGUUGGGUUUUAAUUUCAGUACAUAUUUUAUAAAUGCUAGAAUAUUCCACAGGGUGUUACGAACUUUGAGAAAAAAACACAGGUUAAUUCGUACACCCGGUAUACAAUGAAAAUUUACCUUUUUGGCAACAAUGUUAUUACAGCGAUAUUGUUAAAGAAUAAGGCAGAUUUAUGAGAUAUGAGACAUCAAAAACUACUCAUUUUUUGGGGUGCCCGUUUUCUCUGACGCGCCGUGUAUAUCACGCAUAAGAUAUAUUGAAAGUAUGAUUAGAGCACUGUUAAAAUAGACAAAAAUGCUACCCUUGUUUUAGACAAUAAUUUAUGAAAAGAAAUCUUGAACAAUUCUUUUAAAUUAUAUUCUUUUAGGUUUACUCCAAUCAGGUAGUCAUUAAAAAAUGUUCAUAUUUCAAAA